AUGGAGCCUUCAUUUGAGGAUAUGCAGUCAAUUCAAGAUGCAGAUCGCGGGUUUAUUGAUCGUCUCGAUCCGUGUAUCAUUAAAGAUCGCCAAGGCCGUGUGGUCUGGGAUAAUGAAGCCUACAACUUCCUCCAUAGGAAGCCUGCCCCAGAGACCACGAACCCUAAACUAUGGCGCCAAGCUCAACUUGUUGCAAAACAAGGACUUUUUGAGGUCGUCGACGGCAUAUAUCAAAUCAGGGGUUUCGAUCUCUCGAAUAUGACUGUGAUCGAAGGGAAGGAGGGUAUAAUCGUGGUCGAUCCCCUUACUUCUGCGGAGUGUGCAAAGGCUGCACUAGACCUGUAUUGCAAGAAUCGCGGUAGCAGACCUGUGCUAGGCAUGAUAUACACGCACUGUCACGCGGAUCAUUUUGGCGGUGCUGGGGGAAUCUUAUCCCGAAGCGAAGCCCUCGAAAUACCGGUGGUUGCCCCUCAGAGUUUUCUUGAGCAUGCUGUCAGCGAAAACAUUUUUGCAGGCAACGCCAUGGCUCGCAGGGCGGGAUAUAUGUAUGGAAAUGAAUUACCUAAAAGUCCCCAGGGCCAAAUCAGUGCUGGUUUAGGUGCAACCGUCUCCUCAGGAACCAUUACUAUCGUUCCACCGAGCUUGGAUGUCACCCACACGGGCCAAUUUGAGACCAUUGACGGUGUAGAAUUCAUCUUUCAGAUCACGCCUGGAACAGAGGCACCAGCUGAGAUGAACUUCUUCCUCCCUCAAUUUCGAACACUGUGCAUGGCCGAAAACGCCACUCAGUGUCUCCAUAAUAUUUCGACGCUUCGGGGAGCUGCUGUACGUGAUGCGCUUGCAUGGUCAUCGUAUUUGGACGAAGCCGUCGCGCUUUAUUCAGAUAAAGCGGAUAUUUCCUUCGCCUCACACCAUUGGCCGACAUGGGGGAAAGAGAGAAUAUACACGUAUCUCUGCGAGCAACGGGACCUUUACGCCUUCUUGCAUGACCAGACAGUACGUCUGAUGAAUCAGGGCCUUACGGGCAUCGAAAUCGCUGAGCAUUUCACGCUCCCGCCAAAACUACGGACGGCUUGGCAUACACAAGGCUUUUACGGCUCGGUCAGCCAUAACGUCAAGGCAAUAUAUCAGCGCUACAUGACCUGGUUCGAUGGCAAUCCAUCUCACCUGUGGGAACACCCGCCAGUAGAGUCUUCGACACGUUACAUCUUUUGCAUGGGCGGUGUCGAAAAUGUCAUCAAGAGGGCCAAUGAAUUCGUCGAAGAAGGAGAUCUACGAUUUGCAGCCACACUUCUCAAUCAUGUCGUUUUUGCCGAGCCACACAACGAAGCCGGCAAGGCGAUGCUGGCUCAGACAUACGAAAGACUCGGGUUUGGCUCUGAGAAUGGCCCGUGGCGAAAUUUCUACCUUUCUGGUGCUAGAGAACUACGCGGCCAAAUGACCACCCACAAUUUAUUGUCUGAUCAGACGCAGAUGCUGGAGUCUUUAUCUCUGCACCAGCUCUUUGCAUCCAUUGCAGUGAAAAUUGAUGGGCACAAGGCACAGGCACAUAGCUUCAAGAUCGAUUUGUACGUCACUGAUCUGAAGGAGCAAUGCCGCCUCAUUCUCAGCAACGGAGCUUUGAUUCAUCGAACAGGGCUCAAGCAGGAAAGGCCAGACGCUGUCACAGCAGAUUAUUCAUGCUCGAUGACCCAUUCUCAACUACUGACCCUAUUGACUACAGGGAAGUUCGGCGACUUAGAGAGUGAAACGGGAGAUCGCUCGUACUUUUCGAAGUUGCUGUCUCUAAUUGCAAGCUUUGAUGAGAAGUUUAAUAUCGUUGUACCAUAG